AUGUAUACCAUCCAAUCUGGUACAGAUAUUGUUCCUCAAUGGCCAUAUCGAUCACCAUUUUACAUGACAUCAUUAUUUCUCAUUCCUGAUUCAAAAACAGCACCAUCUCCCUAUCACUCAUCAAAUAAUUAUCAUUUAGUAACAACUCAUAACAAUAAAUGUGCAAAAGAAAAUGAAAAAUAUUUAUUAACGAAAAAUGAACAGAAAUAUCAAGCUUUAUUAGCAAAACCAUUUUUGAAAUCAACUAAAAAAUUAUCAUUUGAUAUUGAAUCAAUUUUGAAGAAGCAUGACAAACAUCAGCAUAGUCAUUUUAAUACAAGUAUUGAUAAUGAUACAUUGAAUAAUUCAAGUAUCGAUGAUUGUGAUGAGAACGAUUUGGUUAGAAGUACAUUUUGUGCUAGUCCAAUAUCAUCCUACACCAUUUAUAAUCAAUUAAAAUCACUUCAAGAACAACGAACAGCAAUACUCAAUUUUACGCUUUCAAAUACAUCGCCAUUAUCUGAAAAUCUAUCUGAUCAUUAUCGAGUCAUUAAUGAUCGAAAAGUAUUAUUUUCACCAUCAUCAUCACCAUCAUCAACAACACGAACAACAAAAGCUAAACGUAUUCGAACCAUUUUUACAUCAGAACAAUUAGAACAUCUUGAAGCUGAAUUUGAAAAACAACAAUAUAUGGUUGGAAAUGAACGUUAUUAUUUGGCAACAACAUUAAAUUUAUCCGAAGCACAAUGGUUUCAAAACAGACGAAUUAAAUGGCGACGACAAGCACUAGAGGAACAUCAACAUCGUUUAUCAAUGUCAAUUAAUAUAACGGACGAGAGUAGUAAUAAAAAUAAUGAUUUGAAACGAGAAAUAGAACGAGAAAAAGAAGAUGAAGAAUCAAAAUGUGGUAAUGAUAUCGAUUUAAAUGAAUUUAAUGAUUCCACAGAUGAUGAAAAUUAG